GUGACGUCAGGACGCCGCGGUCAGGACGUCGAAGCUAAAGAAGACCAGAGCCAGCCGGGUGGCCGAGCGGUGUCGUGGCCGUGUUGCUAAUCGCCUGGGUGGUUGUUGGCCUGUCCCUGCAGCGAAGGGUCCUGACAGUGAAAAAGCAGUCUGGCUCCCGAGGUCCACCCCUUAUACCCCAAGGUCCAGAUGGCGGCCAACGUGGGUGAUCAACGUAGCACAGAUUGGUCUUCUCAGUACAGCAUGGUGGCUGGGGCAGGCCGAGAGAAUGGCAUGGAGACACCGAUGCACGAGAACCCCGAGUGGGAGAAGGCCCGCCAGGCCCUGGCCAGCAUCAGCAAGUCAGGAGCUGCCGGCAGCUCUGCGAAGUCCAGCAGCAAUGGGCCUGUGGCCAGCGCACAGUACGUGUCCCAGGCAGAAGCCUCAGCUUUGCAGCAGCAGCAGUACUACCAGUGGUACCAGCAGUACAACUAUGCCUACCCCUACAGCUACUACUAUCCCAUGAGCAUGUACCAGAGCUAUGGCUCCCCUUCCCAGUAUGGGAUGGCCGGCUCCUAUGGCUCAGCCACACCCCAGCAGCCAUCCGCACCCCAACACCAAGGGACUCUGAACCAGCCCCCAGUCCCCGGCAUGGAUGAGAGCAUGUCCUACCAGGCUGCCCCUCAGCAGCUGCCGUCGGCUCAGCCCCCUCAGCCCUCAAAUCCCCCGCAUGGGGCUCACACGCUGAACAGUGGCCCUCAGCCUGGGACAGCUCCAGCCACACAGCACAGCCAGGCGGGGCCCGCCACGGGCCAGGCCUAUGGGCCACACACCUACACUGAACCUCCCAAGCCCAAGAAGGGCCAACAGCUGUGGAACCGCAUGAAGCCAGCCCCUGGGACUGGAGGUCUCAAGUUCAACAUCCAGAAGCGACCCUUUGCUGUCACCACCCAGAGCUUUGGCUCCAACGCAGAGGGCCAGCACAGCGGCUUUGGCCCCCAGCCCAACCCUGAGAAAGCUCAGAACCACAGCGGGUCCUCUGCCCGGGGGAACCUGUCUGGGAAACCCGAUGACUGGCCCCAGGACAUGAAAGAGUACGUGGAGCGCUGCUUCACCGCCUGUGAGUCGGAGGAGGACAAGGACCGCACGGAAAAGCUGCUCAAGGAGGUGCUGCAGGCGCGGCUGCAGGACGGCUCGGCCUAUACCAUUGACUGGAGCCGGGAGCCCUUGCCGGGGCUGACCCGGGAGCCUGUGGCUGAGAGCCCUAAGAAGAAGCGGUGGGAGGCCGCUAGCAGCCUUCACCCUCCUAGAGGGGCAGGCUCGGCGACAAGGGGCGGGGGUGCCCCGUCCCAGCGAGGGACGCCCGGGGCCGGGGGUGCUGGUCGAGCCCGGGGCAACAGCUUCACCAAGUUUGGCAACCGCAACGUCUUCAUGAAGGACAACAGCUCUUCUUCCAGCACAGACUCCCGCUCCCGCUCCUCCUCCAGGUCCCCGACGCGCCACUUCCGCAGAAGUGAUUCCCACUCAGACUCCGACAGUUCCUACUCAGGGAAUGAGUGUCACCCUGUGGGCCGCAGGAACCCGCCCCCUAAGGGCCGGGGCGGUCGAGGGGCCCAUAUGGAUCGGGGCCGAGGCAGGGCGCAGCGUGGGAAGAGGCACGAUCUGGCUCCCACUAAGCGCAGUCGAAAGAAGAUGGCGGCGCUGGAGUGUGAGGACCCGGAGCGAGAGCUGAAGAAGCAGAAGCGGGCAGCCCGCUUCCAGCACGGUCACUCCCGCCGCCUGCGCCUCGAGCCCCUGGUGCUGCAGAUGAGCAGCCUGGAGAGCAGCGGGGCUGACCCUGACUGGCAGGAGCUGCAGAUCGUGGGCACCUGCCCUGACAUCACCAAGCACUACCUGCGCCUCACCUGUGCCCCCGACCCGUCCACCGUGCGCCCUGUGGCAGUUUUGAAAAAGUCGCUGUGCAUGGUCAAGUCCCACUGGAAAGAGAAGCAGGACUAUGCGUUUGCCUGCGAGCAGAUGAAGUCGAUCCGGCAGGAUCUGACGGUGCAGGGCAUCCGCACCGAGUUCACGGUGGAGGUGUACGAGACCCAUGCCCGGAUCGCCUUGGAGAAGGGUGACCAUGAAGAGUUUAACCAGUGCCAGACGCAGCUCAAGUCGCUGUAUGCUGAGAACUUACCUGGCAAUGUGGGCGAGUUUACUGCCUACCGAAUCCUCUAUUACAUCUUCACCAAGAACUCGGGAGACAUCACCACGGAGCUGGCAUACCUCACACGAGAACUGAAGGCAGAUCCUUGCGUGGCCCACGCCUUGGCAUUAAGGACAGCCUGGGCCCUGGGCAACUACCACCGCUUUUUCCGGCUCUACUGCCACGCACCCUGCAUGUCUGGCUACCUCGUGGACAAGUUUGCAGAUCGGGAACGCAAGGUCGCCCUCAAGGCCAUGAUCAAAACGUAUGUGGUGCCAAGCUCCCUUCUGCCCUUGCUCUUCCCAUCCUUCCGCCUCACACCGCCCCUCAGACCAGCUCCUGGCCGCAGGCCUCCCCCAGUCCCCAACCCUUGUCCUGGUCCUUCCUUCCCCAUCAUCUUUCUCCAUUCAGCCCUCCCCUCUCCAGUUCCUCUUGCUCUCCUUGUUGGUCACCUCUGUGUUCUGGGUCACUCCUCCCCCUCUCCCCACUGUUCCCAGCUCACUGCCUCUGGGGCCUCUUCUCCACCCGGUCUGUGCGUCUCUUCCUCCCGUUCUCUCCUGCCUGGACCCCCUAGUUCACUCCUUGCCCUGGGCUUCCUCAGAACUCUGAGGUCUCUGCUUUCUCAGCUUGUCGCUGUGCUCCCACCACAGAGACCAUCUAGACAGCCUCUGGUCUAACAGGACAAGGCCCAGUCCCACUCAGCUCCUUUGAGAGCACCAGAAACGCUUAGGGAGACACCUAUGUUGAGGCCACACUGGGCGCGGUGCCAGAGGCCCCUGGUCAGGCCAUGCCCCUGCAGUGUCCUUCGUUCACUAGACAUUGCGCCUGGCUUGCUGUGGGUAGGGAUGAGUUGCUUGACUGAUGUUUAGACGCAUGGUUCUGUCUGGUGAUUGAAGUGCCCAGGCGACAUUGGGCAAUGUCAAGAGAGGUUUUCGUUUGUCACAGCAAGGGGAUGUUCUUGGCAUCUAGUGAGUGGAGGCCAGGGAUGCUGCCCUGCCACUGCCAUUGGGCCCUAGAGCUCAGUCUUGCCAAGGUGGAGGAAUUCUGGUCGAAGAGGUCGACCGGUAGACUGGAGAGGCCUUGAGUGCCUGGCCAGGUGGCCCUCCGUGUGAGCUUAUCAUCACAGCAUGGAGGCCCUGAGUGCCUGGCCAGGUGGCCCCUCCGUGUGAGGUUAUCGUCACAGCAUAGUUUGGAGCUAGGGAGGGACUGUCAGCCUGGAGGUUAGGAGACUUAUUCUGGAAUCUAGUGUGGGUCAAGCCAACUUCAGGGAGAGGCUGAGCCAGGGCAGGAGUCACAGGAGCAGACGAGGAUGUGGGGUUCCGUGCACAGAGCUCCAUGACCAGCUUGGGAAGUUAGAAGGAAGGGGAGGCAGGAGGCUGCUUAGUCUGCUGCCAUGAUGGGCCCCAUGAAUGGUGGCUCUCAAGCUUCUGUGCUACACAGGGGCGUGUGGUUGGGCGAGUGUCCUUGUUGAUACCUAAUUGGCCUUGGUUGGGAACAUAGCCAUGAGUGCCCCUCGUGGGUGGGGCCCUAGUCUGUCAUUGACCUCAUUGUGUCAGCACCUUCCCCCCAAGGAGGCUGACCCUGCCCUGCCAGCUGAGACUGGGAGACGGAGUGGGCUCUGAUCCCAGGGCCUCCAUGAAAGCUCUGGCUUUGGAGCAGAAGCGGGUUAUAGGACUUAGUGCCCCUCACUCGGUGCCUUGGCCUGCUGUGUGUGUGGAAAGGGUAGGGCUGCACCCUGUGGAAGAGGGUUCAGGGAGCUCUGAGGACCUGGCUCGUGCUAGAUGCUCAGUCAGUAAUGUCUCUUAGCAGCAGCCGGAAGUGUGUAGUGGUGAGUGCUAAGCUGGCACCCCUGUGCCUGGCUUCCCAAAGACACUGCAAUGCAGGGCAGGGGAAGCAGCAAGGGCUGGGUCCCCACGGUGGCCCUGGCAGCCCUGCCAUCCCCAUCCCCUGCCGCGUGCUGCUCCCUCCAUCUGGCCCCUGCCCCUGAGCCAGCGGAGGAGCCCGCUGGGCCCUUCCCUUCCUGUCCCCUCUCCUCCCUGGCCCCCUGCACAGGUAAGUGAGGGCGAGGGGGGGCACAGCUGGGGACUGGGGCCACUAACCCCACCCCGGGCCCCCCCGAGCCCCUGAGGUGGGGAGGCUGGGAGGCGGGUGGGGAAGCCAGCAGGCACUGUGCUGAGGAAAUCCUGUGGGUACCCGAAUGGGGGGGCCUCCCCGCUCGUGGGGCCCUCCCCUGCCCGCCCGCCCGCCCGCCUCAUCACCUUCUCCUCUUGUCUCCAUAGCUUCCGCCCUGCGCUGCCAGUCUCCUACCUGCAGGCCGAGCUGGCCUUCGAGGGCGAGGCCGCCUGCCGGGCCUUCCUAGAGCCCCUGGGCCUGGCCUACACGGGCCCGGACAACUCCAGCAUCGACUGCCGCCUCAGCCUGGCGCAGCUGUCAGCCUUCUGAGCACCCAGCGAGGAGGGGCGGGGGCAGGGGCUGCAGCCCCCAGCGCUGCCUUUUCGGAUUCUGUUUUUGAGCCGUGGACUUGGGUUGUAAAUUUAUUUGUGGGGAGUGGGCUCCAGGAAGAGCCACCGUCCCUGCCCCCGUUUUCCCACCGGGGAGUCUGUACAGAGAUUUUUCUACGUUUUUAUUUUUUGCCUCAGAGGGAUGGGAUUGGGGAGGAGGGGAUGGGCAGCGGAGGGUUGGGGGCAUGGUCUGCAGGCUCAUCUGUGUCCGCCUUUCACUCCACUAAUGCUGUCUCAGUGUUUUCUCUCUCUCUCUUUCGAGCUUGCACUCCGGUACCCGACCCGGCGCCCUGGCCCAUCCCAUGCCGGGGGGCCAGUGGAAAGAAGACAGGCCGUCCAGCCCGUGCCCGCCUGCGGCGGGGGCACCCAGCAAGCCCGCCCACCGCCCGCUGCCUCACCUGCUUCGCCACAGACUCUUGUUCCCAGCCCCUUGGGGCCUCCGUGUUUGGGGUGAGGGGAGCUGCUUAGAGACUGUGCCCGUCCUCGGCCCCCCACCCUGAAGUGCCAGCACCACCAGCACCAGAUCCUCCGCCGCCACACCGCACUGAGGACACGCCGGCCGGGCCGCCUCGUCUCAAGUUGUAUAAAGUUGUCUCCGUGUCCCCUCCUCCCUCUAUCCCCAAUGUUUCUUCUGAUUUUUUUUUCCCUUCCCUCCCUCCUCUCCGCAUUCCUCCCUUGGUUCAGCACAGGUAAAAUGGUUCCCCUCCCUCCCUGCCUUCAUGGAUCACCAGCUCACGUCAUGUUGCCUUCUCUUUUCUUUGUGUGUGUGUUUAUUUAAGUUACUUUUCUUCCUCCUCUCCCUUUUCUUUUUGGCCCUCCCUCCCUCCCUCUUCUGCCAUGUAACUGGAGGAUGUGCUAUGAGUUUGCAAACAGCUGGACUGUCAGGCUGCUUUUUUUCCAGAUGUUCCUCCUCUGCCUCCCCUUCCCCUCCUCUCCCCUCCCUUUCCUUCCUUCCUUCCUUUCCUUGGAGCACUGAGCACCAUUUGGAAGCUUGAGAGAAACCAAAAUUAAAGAGAGAGAGAGAGAGAGA